AUGGGACAAGUUAAGAAGACAUACCGCUGGCUCGCUGACAAAGGGGGCGAGGCGGGUGACCUCGUCAGCAAGGUCCCGGACAUGGGACACGUGUCCGCGGUCAAGGCCGUAGUUGAGGUGCUUCUCCAGGCGGCCAAAACAGCAUCCAGGGCAAGGCAUACAAUCACGGGGAUGGUCGAUGGAGAAGAUCUCGACCAGACUUUCGCCAAAAUUGAGGUCUUCCUGGCCACGUUUCCUGACGAUCAGAACAUCAUCGACAGGUCCAUCGAGCUGGUGGCUUGUAUUUUGAAGGCCGUCGAAGGAACCAUUGUGUACUUCCUCACCAACACCUUCAAACGGGGCGCUCAAUCCAUGCCACUGAUUGGCAACGGCCAACAGCCCCUGCUCGACACCCUCGCGGAGAUCCAGACUAGGAGCCAGCAACUCAUAAACGAAGCUACUGUGUCGCACUUUGCUGCGACCCGAGCCGCUAUGGAGCUGAUCCUCGAGGAUAUCAGCAAGAUCGAGCUUGUAGAAAUCGAGACUGCUGGCAGGAUAGAGUACAUCAUUCAGAGAGGCACUGAACAAGUUUUGGGCGGUAUUAGCGAACUCAAGGACUCCAGCUUCCAACAGGCAGACAAACUGAAUGAGAUGCUGUCUAUGCUGGCGCAGUCUGCGCGACCCUGGCCGCCGGUCCCGUUUCCAUACUACCCAUACGCCACAACCCAGCAGGCGCCCGUGAUUCCCGCAUCCACGCUCCUAGCCGUACUCAACAUACUCGGCCUUGACCAAACCGACAUCGACGUCGCCUUGGAGUUAGAAGGGUCGGUCCCUCCCAGCUACCGGAACCACGCGCGACAGAUCGUCGCAGCUUCCCAGUUCCAGCUCUGGGCUACCAGCCCAGGCUCCAGCAAGCUGCUCAUCCAAGGUGAGCCGCAACGGGACGCCGCGCAGGCCAGUCUCGCGCUGUCACUCAUGUCAGCCUCUCUGGUGCGCGGACCGCGCGCGCUAAACCUACAGGAGCGCAUCAUCUCGCUCGUUUUCUUCUGCGGACAGCACGUCGAGUCUGACGACAGCCCAUCGGGGCCCGCGGCCGUGCUCCGUAGUCUGAUCGCGCAGCUCCUACUGCAGCACUACGCCGAUGCCACGUUCCGGCCAGAAGACAUUGACCUCGAUCGUCUCGCGAGAGGCGGGCUUGCCGAGCUCUGUUGGCUGUUCGGUUUUCUGGUCAGGCAUGUGGCGCCGCAGAAGACGGUAGUCUGCGUCCUGGACGGGCUGGCAGUUUAUGAUACGGAUAGUUUCGAACAUGACAUGCGGACUGUACUGAACUGUCUGCUUGGUGAUCUGGGGGGGCAUGUGAGCGGGCCAGCCGCCAAGAUACUGGCCACGGCUGUGGGCGGCACCAGCUUUGACGGAGUCUUCGGAGAGGAGGACGAGAGUGUGCUCGUGCUGGAGGGGCUGACGAGAUUGGGUGAGGAUGCUGCCAUGUUGGAAUUCGAUGGGGAUUUCUAA